AUAAAAUGUGAGGAGGUAAUUUUUUAUUUUAUUUUUAAUAAAAAAGAAUAAGUAAAAAGAUGAGGAGGUAGCUUUGAGGAUCAUUCAUAUCUUGCCCAUUGGUUCUUUGGCUUGUCUCUCUCAAUACAAUCACAGCUUCACAACACUGCAAAAAAAGUGAGAAAGGAUCAGAUAAAAUUGAAGUAAAUUUCUAAGGCUCAGCUUUCAUCAACAAAGACAAACAAGGCCCAUAAUUUUAUACCUUUUCUCGUAUAUUAUAAAGAGGACACCUUCCAUUAUAAUGGCGGAUACUACUAGAAGAACAAUCAACACUAUUGCUUCUUCUUCUUCUCUUAAAAUUUGCUUCUUUUCUUAUCUUUCCAUUUCCGUGAUUCUUUUUGGUUACUUCCUCUAGUAGUAUACUAUUUCACGAAGAAACCCAGACUGAAAAAGACGCAACUUUUUUCCUUUUAUAUAGCUUUUGUUCAAUUUUUCAAUAUUCUUGAACUGAUAUGGCUGUGGCUAUGGCUUCUUGUGGGAGCAUUUCUGGGGUUUAUGCUAAUUUAAAAGCAAUUGAGAAAAUACCCAUUUCAAGUUCAGUUCUCUUCAGGGGUUCUUUUGGUUUGGAUCCUGUACAGAGAAUAUGCCUUGUUCCCAAGAGAUUAGCUUUUUCUGAGAGUACAAUUAUUCCAAAAGCAUCCUCAACUGCAGCUGUUGAGGAUGGAAGUUCCCAAGAUACUGCUGUCCCGAUGCCCAAAGUCAUAAUAGAUUUGGAUUCGGAUCCAGAAGCAACUGUAGUGGAGGUUACCUUUGGUGAUCGCCUUGGGGCUCUUCUUGACACAAUGAGUGCACUAAAAAAUCUUGGACUGAAUGUUGUCAAGGCUAAUGUCUAUCUAGAUUCAUCAGGGAAGCACAAUAAAUUAUGCAUCACACAUGCUUCUACAGGUAGAAAGGUCGAGGAUCCAGAGCUGCUAGAAGCAAUUCGAUUGACAAUUAUCAACAAUUUGAUGGAGUUUCAUCCGGAAUCUAGCUCUCAGUUAGCUAUGGGUGAAGCCUUUGGUGCUUUUCAACCAACUCAAAAGCUUGAUGUGGACAUAGCAACUCAUAUCCAUGUCUAUGAUGAUGGUCCUGAACGAAGCUUACUGUGUGUAGAGGCAGCAGAUCGACCUGGAUUAAUAGUUGAUCUCGUCAAGAUCAUUACUGAAAUAAACAUUGAUGUUAUAUCAGGAGAAUUUGACACCGAGGGACUGCUAGCCAAGGCAAAAUUUCAUGUAAGCUACAAGAACAAAGCUCUCAUCAAGCCCCUUCAACAGGUUCUUGCAAACAGCUUGCGCUAUUACUUGAGGAGACCAACAACAGAAGAGUCGAGCUUCUAAUACAUUGCAGCAGCAUGAGAGAUGAGACAAUCAGUUGGUUUAACCAUGCAUUUUUUAACUGUCACAACAAAACGCAUGUUGAAACAUGCAUGACAAAAUCUAGAAAAAAAAUAUAAUUUCAUUACUGCUCUAACAUUGUAAAAUGCUACCAUCUAUACGAUCAUCGUCUUUGAAUAAACAUUUCCAAAGUGGUAAGAGCCAUUUAUAUACAACUCAGUAUCAGUUAACGCUUAUGA